AUGGAGUCCAUCUAUGGGGUUCCCCAGCAAGCGAUCUUUCCUUCGACACGGCAGGUUGCAGCAGACGAGACUCUUUCCAACCUUGAUGGUGGCUCAAUGCAGAGGGAACUAUGGCGGUAUAGAACGCAAAAGCUUUCGGCUUUGAUAGCCAUAGGUAAUCUCCACCUGGUCGUCUUGUUCGCCUCAGGGAUCAUGGGCGUCAUGUCCAUUCUGCUCCGGUCUGUUUCCGGGUUCCGAAGACCCAAGUACCGGCUUCAUACAGAACCUGGGAAUGACGACAACGAUCCCCGCGGGUCUGAGAUCGUGCUCUCGCUGCCCUACGCGGUGGCGCAUCUGGUCGCGUGCAUUGCGGCGUGCGUUCUCAGCUGGGUAGAGUUGCAGGAUGAUGGGGCGAGUUGGAAGCGAGCGCUUCUGCUGAGUUAUUUGGUCGUGUUGGGCGUGGCUCGGAUCGCGUGCAGGAAGAAGUAUCGGGACGCUCGUGCCCAGUUGUAUGUUCAUGUGAAUGUGAUUGCGCUGGCCGCGCUGGCGCUGGGCGUUGUGCAGGAUGUCGUUCCCAUGGUUAUCGUCGGCGCGACGUAUCGUCCAAGACCGAUCGCGGCGGCGCUGUUGGGUUGUUUAGCGGCUGUGGUGGCGAUAGCGUUGGCGACGCCACGGCCGCGUCGGUCUUCGCCUUCGUUUCUUCCUGACUCGGAGACUGGAGAGCAACUGUGGACGGAUGAUGGGAGGUCUCCGGAGGAAACGUGCUCUCUGUUCUCGUACUACUGCUCGUACGAAUGGAUCACGUAUGUGAUUCUGCGGGGAUGUCAAAAGGAUCUGACGAUGGACGAUCUACCGCCAUUACCGUCGUACGAUGAGCCCUCGAGAUGGCUGAAGAAGAUCAAGAAGCAGCGGUUGAAAGGCGGCAAGACGUUCCGUACGCUGUGCCAGUUGCUCAAGACGGAGAUCAAGACGAUGAUGUGCUGGUCGGCGACGACGGCGGUGGUGGAGUUCGUCGCGCCCUAUGCCAUGUUGCGGCUGCUGGCGUACUUUGAAGAUGAUGAGUCGGCUGUCGUGCAUCCUGCCGUUUGGAUCUCUUUGCUGUUCGUCGGCCCCGUGAUGCGUUCGCUCUGCUACCAGCAGUAUAUCUUCACGGCGACUCGGCUGCUGGUUAGGGUUAAUGUUUCCUUGGUCCAGGAGAUCUAUCAAACGGCGAUGAGGUCGUAUAUAUACGAUGAUUCGGUGGAUAUGUCGAAUUCGGAUAAGAAGGCUAAGUCGUCGCGGAAGGCGGAUACGUCCAAGGGGGCCUCGAAGUCGAGUCAGGCCAAUUUGACUACGCUGAUGUCGUAUGAUGUCGACGCCAUUUACAACUCGCGGGAUAUCUUCCACGUUUCGACAUCGGCACCGAUAUCGAUCACUUUUGCGCUUGUGUUUCUCUAUCGGAUCAUCGGGUGGCCUUCGUUGCUCGGCGUUCUGACUAUGUUGAUCUUGACUCCCUUGCCUGCAUUGGCGUCUCGCAAGGUGUCGAAGAUUCAACGGUCGGUUAUGCAAGCGACGGAUGUGCGUCUGUUCAAGAUCUCCGAGUAUCUGAAUUCUAUUCGCACCUUGAAGUAUUUCGGAUGGGAGAAUGCGGCCAUGGAUUCGAUCAACGGAGUCCGAGGUGUCGAGCAACGUCGCCUCUGGCGGCGGAGUGUCUUCGCAGCUGCCAUCUCGAUGGCCGGGGAUCUUUUGCCGAUGAUGAGCUUACUGGUGAUGUUCUCGACUGUGGUUCUUUUCACUGACCUUCCUCUGCGAGCACCGAUUGCAUUCACUUCCUUGUCCAUUAUGGAAACACUCAGGUCUCAGUUUGUUUGGCUAUCCAACGUCAGCCGGUACACUGCUCAGGGAGCGGAGUCUUUGCGGCGCGUGGACCGAUUCUUUGACACUGCAGGCGAGAUCAAACGGCACCCUGAUGGGCCGUUGGAGCUCAACCAGGCGACCUUCAAGCGUACGCCCAUUGCUGCGUUCAGGCUACAGGAUGUGUCCGUCCACUUCAAGCCUCGGGCCCUCAAUGUAGUGACAGGGCCCACAGGGAGUGGCAAAACGUCGUUACUCUUGUCGUUGCUGGGAGAAACUGUUCUGGAAUCUGGUACUGCCUCCUGCCCUCGCGACGUGGCCUAUGUGCCUCAGGCGCCCUGGCUGCAGAACGAUACGGUUCGUCAGAACAUUCUCUUCUAUAGCGCAUUCGACGAGAUGCGUUAUAGCAUCGUUGUCGAGGCCAGUGGUCUGGCGCAGGAUCUUCGCCAGCUCCCGGCUGGUGAUCUCACAGUGGUGGGCGAGAGAGGGACCUCGCUUUCAGGAGGCCAGAAACAACGGGUGUCUCUUGCGCGAGCUUUGUAUUCUCGCUCCAGCACGCUUCUUCUCGACGACAUAUUCUCUGCCCUUGACACGCACACGACCACGCUUGUCUAUGACAAGUGUUUCCGCUCAGGGUUGCUCUCAGACCGGACGGUGGUGCUUGUUACGCGCUAUCCAGCCGCCCUUCAGGAUGCGCAGUUGACGGUACGUUUGGAGCAUGGAAAGGUGGUUUCUGUCAAGUCACCUACCAGCGUUCAGCCGUCUUUGCUGCCGACGCCGUGCAGCACUCCUACGCUGGGCACAGGAACGUCGACACCGCUCAAUGAGCCGCAGAGGGUGGAGACGGAGGAUAUUCCGUCGGAGCCCAUGACCAACAUUGCGCCGGUUGUGGUUCAGGAUCCGCCAUCUGUGACACAGGACCGGCGCUUGGCUAAGGAGACCACUGCUACUGGACGGGUCCCUCGCACAAUGUUCUUUCGGUAUAUGAUGUUGUUUGGUGGACCAUUGUACGCGCCGCUGGCGAUUCUCGUCACUAUCACCGUGCAGCUGGCGUACUUUGGUAUCACAUAUUGGCUGUCUAUUUGGACUGGCACUUACGAAGAAGACGAACACCCGAAUUCUAUCUUCUACUUGGCCAUAUACGCCAUUUCGAUCAUUGCAUUUCUCUUGCUGCAGCUAACUAAUAAUCUGGUCUAUCAGUACGGAAGCUGGGUUGCUGCCAAGAAGAUGCAUCAGCGACUGGUGACAGCAGUCCUGUCUGCGCCGAUUACCUGGUUCGAUGAGAAUCCGAUCGGACGUGCAAUCAACCGCUUCGGCAAUGAUACGCGGUCUAUGGACACGGUGCUUAUUGACUGGUUGCGCAUGUCGAUCGAAAACGGGCUACGCUUUCUGCUGCGGAUCGCCAGCGUUGCAUCGAUCAUGCCUAUCUUCGCCCUGCCGGCCGCCGUCAUCUGCACCGCUGGAUUCGUGAUCGGGGAGAUGUACACUCGCGCGCAGGUCUCCAUCAAGCGCCUCGUUUCGAUCAACUAUUCUCCCGUCUUCUCUCACUUUACUGAUUCUCUAGCCGGGUUGAGCGUAAUCCGUGCUCGGGAGGGUAUGGAUGAGGUCUUUCAGCGUCUGCUGGCCGAAAGGCUGGCCGUGCAUGCUCGCUCCGCCGAAACACAAUAUAACUGUAACCGCUGGGUAUCGGUCCGCUCUGAUUUCUGCGCCGCCUCGGUGGCCGCCGCUGCAGGAUGCGUGGCCUACUUCUGGUCGGGAUCUGCGGGACUGGUGGGAUUCUCGUUAACCAACGCCAUCGGCCUCAGCCAAACCAUCCUAACACUCGUCCGAUCGAUGAACGAGCUCGAAGUCGAGCUCAACUCAUUCCAACGCAUGGGCGAGUACGCCGCGAUCGAACCGGAAGAACAUCUCACAGACAAGCAGGCCCUCGCCCACUCUGUCCCCGCCAGCUGGCCGGUAUCGGGCCGGGUGGAAUUCCACAACGUUACGGCGCGCUAUCAUCGCGAUGGACCGGACGUUCUGCGCAACGUCUCCUUCGUUGCCAAUCCCGGCGAACGAAUCGGCAUCGUCGGCCGCACCGGCAGCGGCAAAAGCACCCUCGGUCUGUCUCUGCUACGUUUUGUGGACCUCGCCCAGGGCAAAAUCACCAUCGAUGGCGUCGACAUCAGCUCCAUCCUCCUUAACCGCCUUCGCACCAGCGUUACUCUCAUCCCGCAGGAACCUGUCCUUUUCUCCGGCGACGUCCACUCCAACCUCGAUCCCUUUGGCGAUUCCAGCGACACAGAACUCCAGUCCGCCCUGGCCGCUUGUACCUCCUCGAUCCACGUCCCAGAAACCACCCACAAGAACGACAACGACGACGACCACCCAUCCGACCCAACCAGCCCUAGCAAACCCACCUCCACGACAUUCACCCGCCCCCUAACACUAUCGACACCUGUAGCAGCGAACGGCGAAAACUUCAGCCAAGGCCAGCGCCAAGUACUCAGUCUCGCACGCGCCAUGUGUCGGCGCUCGAAAGUCGUGCUACUCGACGAGGCGACCGCGUCCGUGGACCACGAGACAGACAUGCACAUGCAGCGGGUCCUGAGGGCGAUGUUUCCGGAUUGUACGAUCAUUGCGAUUGCGCAUCGGUUGCGGACGAUCAUGGAUUAUGAUCGGGUUUUGGUUAUGAGUGAGGGGGAGAUUGUUGAGAACGACUCUCCUGCGGAGUUGGUUAAACAACAGGGUAUCUUUUGGGAUAUGUUAAGGAAUACGGGUGAGUAUGAGGAGUUGAUCGAGAUGAUUGAUUCAGCUUCGGGGUGA